AUGGAUUCGUCGCUGCCUUUUGAUGUUGUAGAAAACAUCAUCUCCAGGGCUCCAAUCGAAUCGCUGUUACAAUGCAAACCCACGUGCAAAGAAUUGUAUGCUCUUUGCAACGACAAGAGAUUCAUGUAUAAGCACUUGGAACUCUCCGAGGAACGAUUGAUGCGAGUUUAUGGUGAUAAGGUUGAAAUCUUCAAUCCGGCAACCCUAGAUCUCUUAUGUCUACCAGUUCCACCUGAGUUUCACGUUACUUUUACUAACAUGAUAGUAAUUCACUGCAAUGGAUUAUUGCUAUGCCGAUGGUGCACAGGAUUUGGACCAGGGUACAGUCACGUGGCAGUUUGGAAUCCGGUUUUGGGCCAUCUCAGAUUUGUUGAAUCCGGUUCUCACUGUUUAAGUGAUUUUUACGGUUUUGGAUACGACAAUGUAUCCUGUUACAAGAUUCUGAGCAUAAAGUCAUGUAUUCUUUGGAAUGCAAUAGCUGAACUAGGGAGACUACUUAUGUAUGAAGCAGCAUGCGAGUGGCUGGUGAGUAACGUUUUGACAAAUCAUGUUGUUGGAGAAAUAAUGUCUCUGGUGGGUGCUGCUUCUGUUGAACUUAUCUAUCCUAUAGAGCCUAUAGCGGUUGUUCCACUAUUAAGAGUUGGUCUUGCGGAACACGCAUCCUCAGUUUGCAAUUUCUUGUGCGAAGAUAGAUGUCAAAAUAGGGACUUUUCUAUUGCUUAUAUUAUGAUGUCUCUCCACUAUCCUUUUACCAGGAAUAAGUAG